AUGGCAGCUGACGCUCACCGCAGCAAGGGUGGUGCCAGACUUCGGGGAAAGCAAAAGCUAUGCUCCCGCUCUGGUGUUACCCCACCCCAGUUCACCCUGUUACUUGCCCCCGCGUACUACCAUUAUCAAGGUCUAGAGCGCAGGCGGUUCGCCGCACUCCAGCCAAUUCCAUUCCGCUCUUCCCGUUUCCACAGCAACACGCUGGGCCGCGCCACGGCGGCCGCUGAGGGACAAUCCUGUCAUUCCGCUGUCUCCCAGGCUGAGUUAAAGCCCCGCCCAGUUUGCACACAUCAUCUGGCUCCCAUCCCGAAAUUAUACACGAGUUUAGAAGACUCACGUAGACAUUCGUCCAGGCCUUCGGUCACAUGGAAUCUGAACUCGCCUGUGGCUAAUGCGACCUCCUCCCAGGCAGCCACCAGUUUCAACAGCACCCCGGUCACCAGCGCCUUGCGACGUGAUUCGCAGGACAGCCGCCAAGACGUGUGGAGGGGCGCCCAGCCGCAGAUCUGCUUCCUGCGGCCGCGGACAUCGCAGCCGCUAGUCCUGUUCAGCUUAAUGAAUUCCAGUGAAGCAGCGACAACAAAAUUUCUACCCAAGAGCCACUUAUCUCGGGUGAUUAUUCGUGACAACCUCUGUGCACAACGAAUCUUUGAGAUGGAGGUAAAAGCUUCUGACAAGACCAAGAAAAAGAUGGGCCACUUGUACGACCACCUGAAAAAAAAGUUCAUGAACGACCAGCUCAGAAAGCUGGGGCGCUGGAAACGGGAGACCUCGAACCUCCAACAGCACCUGGAUAACAAGAUCUAUCUCAGUGCCAUCUCCCACAAAGCUUCCCUGACCUCCUGCUCCCUCCUGCUUGCCUCCUUCACCCACCUAAGCUGCCCGGGUUUCUCUCCCUUCUGA